CCAAAACCACCACCAACCUCCCCCCAUUUAAGCAUUUUUCCCCAUCACCAAUAACCAGCAGCAAGCACCCAAUUUCACAAAUCAAUUUUCAAACAUAAACAUAUUCGUACUCAUCGUUAUAUUAUGGAGGGUAAAACGGAGAUCAUUUUCCGAUCAAAGUUACCGGAUAUUUACAUACCAAAACACCUGCCGUUACACUCUUACUGUUUCGAAAACAUUUCUACUUUCAAAAACCGCCCGUGUUUAAUCGACGGUGCCACCGGUCACGAAUACACCUACGCUGACGUCGAACUGACGUCACGCAAAGUCGGUUCCGCACUUUACAAACUCGGCAUCAACAAAGGUGACGUCAUCAUGAUCCUGCUACCGAACUCGUCGGAAUUCGUGUUCUCGUUCCUCGGCGCGUCGUUCAUCGGCGCCGUGUCCACGAUGGCGAACCCGUUCUUCACUCCGGCGGAGAUUAUUAAGCAGGCGAAAGCCUCCGGCGCGAAGAUUAUCGUUACGCAAUCGGUUCAUGUUGCAAAAGUGAAAGAUUUUUCAACUGAGAAUUCGAUUAAAAUCGUGUGUAUUGAUGAGACUAUUGAAGGAUGUUUACAUUUCUCCGAGUUGACUUCCGGCGAUGAGAACGAGCUUCCGGCGGUUGAGAUCUCGCCAGACGACGUCGUUGCGUUGCCGUAUUCAUCAGGAACGACUGGAUUGCCUAAAGGAGUAAUGUUAACUCACAAAGGACUUGUUACGAGUGUAGCACAACAAGUUGACGGUGAGAAUCCGAACCUGUGGAUCCAUGAAGAAGAUGUGUUGAUUUGUGUGUUGCCUCUGUUUCACAUUUACUCGUUGAAUUCGAUUCUGUUGUGCGGUUUACGCGCCGGUGCGGCGAUCCUGAUCAUGCAGAAGUUUGAUAUUGUUCCGUUUCUGGAGCUGAUUCAGAAGUAUAAGGUUACGAUCGGACCGUUUGUUCCGCCGAUUGUGUUGGCGAUCGCGAAGAAUGAAGAGAUUGUUGAUAAGUAUGAUUUGUCGUCGAUCCGGACGGUUAUGUCCGGUGCUGCUCCUUUGGGAAAAGAGCUUGAAGAUACCGUUAGGGCGAAGUUUCCUAACGCUAAGCUUGGACAGGGCUAUGGGAUGACGGAAGCAGGGCCUGUGCUUGCAAUGUGUUUAGCGUUUGCGAAAGAGCCGUUCGAGAUCAAAUCCGGAGCGUGUGGAACGGUUGUUCGUAACGCAGAGAUGAAGAUUGUUGAUCCGGAUACUGGUGCUACGCUUCCGAGGAAUCAGCGUGGUGAGAUCUGCAUUCGUGGGGAUCAGAUCAUGAAAGGUUAUAUUAAUGAUCCGGAAGCGACUAAGAGGACAAUUGUGGACGGGUGGCUGCAUACCGGAGAUAUUGGUCUCAUUGAUGAUGAUGAUGAGCUUUUUAUUGUUGAUCGGUUGAAAGAGUUGAUUAAGUAUAAAGGGUUUCAAGUUGCUCCUGCUGAGCUUGAAGCGAUGUUACUCACGCAUCCGGAUAUAUCCGAUGCUGCUGUUGUCCCAAUGGUAGAUGAGAAUGCCGGUGAGGUUCCUGUAGCAUUUGUUGUGAAAUCGAAUGGAUCAACCAUCACGGAAACUGACGUUAAGCAAUUCAUCUCAAAACAGGUGGUAUUCUACAAGCGAAUUAACCGCGUGUUCUUUGUUGAUGCGAUCCCAAAAUCCCCAUCUGGAAAAAUUCUCCGUAAGGACUUGAGAGCAAAGCUAGCGGCUGGUGUUCCAAACUAAUAUGGUAAUUGGUAUUAUUCUCUACAGAGGUGUAUUGAUUGAAUAUGAUCAGAGUUAAACUUCUAGUUUGUAAAAAUGUACAAUAUUACAAGUUUUUCUUUGUGUCGCAUUCAAUUGAUUGAAUCUGUAAGAUAAAUAUAAGGUGAAUGUUGUUUGUGUGUUCUCUUACAAUUUUAUAUGAUGUGAUUCUAUUGAAAGGAAUUUUAUAGUUUA